AUGAAAUCUUGUUUGCAGCCCAGCUUACUUCAGAUGCUUGACGACGGUGAGACACGUAAAGAUCUAGCAGGAAAGGAAGGCGUCCGUGGGAAGCGGAUGAUGGGAGCCUUGAGGGCUCUUUGGCGAAGUUCUCCUGUGGGAGGGCAUGACGCUCGCAUUGCGGAGAUGAAGACCUAUCUCCAAGCUAGCGCGCGACCGGCUGCCAUCAAUGGAUCCGAUUCUGAAGAGUCGCCUGCUGCAGCCGGCAGUGAAAGUCCUGGUGCAGGUGAUGCUGACAAUUCAGAGCCUGAAUCUGGAUCAGAACGUGCGGGGUCGGAUGAUCAAGCGCAGAAUGAUGGUGAGGAUGUUUCGCCUUCUUCUGCGGGGGAUGUUUCCCCGUCACAGGCUGUCGUUGACGAUGGCCCUGAGAAUGAGAGUGGGCAGAGCCGGGACAAUCUUUCCAGUGAGAGUGAGAGUGGGGGCCACAGUGGUGACUGUGUUCCAGAAAGGGUUCCUUCUUCCCCGGAUAGCAUCCUGAGCAAAGAGACUUUGCUUCUUGGAGAUACGCCGAGCCCUUCAACCGAGUCAGAUUCAUCAAGCCAUUUUCCAUGCUCCCAAGUGUCCAAUGCAUGGCUUGGUCGUGCCUACAAUCAGUCGAGCAGAGCGGCUAAGAAACAUGAGGAUAAGGAAUUCAACAUGAAGAGAGUGGCAAAGGAUCUUAUCGACGAGUUGUUGAAGACUGAUCCGGAUUUGGUCACCCACCCUCACUUUGCGCACUACUAUGACUAUGUCUUCCAGAGUUUGGUGAAGUUUGGGGACAAUGUCAGCGACAGGAUGGCAUCCCGAAAGCAUUACCUUUUGUGGGUCAGGUUUCGAGAAAAGAAGGCCAACAAGGAGAACACCAGCAGCUGCACCGAUCCUGCUAAGGAUCCGGUGAACCAUGCCCGCCAGCUCAUGAACAUGCCUGCUGAGCCAGUCCUAGCUGACGAAGAUGACAGCGAAAAGGAGAUGCCCGCAGCGAAGCGUCCGAAGAGCGGGAAGAUCGUUGAAAAGGCUAUCUUAGAUCAGCCUUUGGGUGCGGUCCCACCCCAAACUGUUGGCAAGACGCAUGGUCGCAAGGCCGCUGAUGCUGUCACGCACCGAUUCGGGCAGUUUGAUCUCAAGGAAAUGGGCAUCCCAGUGGAUGCAUGGCCACAGGCGAUUGAGAUCUUGCUCGCCAACAGAGCAUUCGUGGUGAAAAAAGUUGGGGUCAUCACUGGCAACAGUGGUGGUGAGGCUUCUGAGAAGGCUGUGACUGGCCAAAUCAGUUGGUCAAAACAUGAUAGCCCAGCUCGCGCAUGGGAAGUUGCAAAGCACCGUGCGAACUUCAUAUGA